GCAGCGUAGCCCGCACGCGUCAGCCAGUGAGUGUGUUCGAAACCAAACUGUCACUGAGUGAGUGGACAUGAUGGGGCAGACGGAGCGAGCGGAGCUGGAAAACACGAACUAAACCAGCCCAGAAGUGUCCGAAACUACUUCAAAAAGUUACCUGUGUGGCGGCUACAGCUCGAGGAGACAUGUGUUAGUGUCUUACAGUGAAGCAGCACCUCUUUCUCACUGCGAUAGGAAUUACAGCCAGCUAAGGAGGGAUGUCAGCCCCAAACAACUCGCAGCAGCAGCCGCGGGUGAGACGCAGCAAUGCGGGCUCCCCCGGCUCGUUCACCACCUCCACCUCCACCACCAACAACAGCAGCAGCUGCCGUCUGCACCCCAUCCGUGCCACCGUGCCCUACCAGCUCCUCCGCGGCGGCGGCGGCGGUGGUGGUGGUGGUGGGGGAGGUCCGAGCAGCAGCAGCAGCCCGACCAGGGCGCAGAGCCUCCACGGAGGAGCCACGAACAACAACAGCCGGGGUUCGAGCCCUCCCUCCAGCCCGACGCCGCUCAGCUCAGGGAGUAAGCAAAGACUGUCCCCCGAAAACAAGGACUCGUCCUGUCCCCCAGACUCUCCAGUUUCCAGAGCAGAAAGGUCCAAGUUGCAGGUACGGAGUUCCAGUGCCAUCCGGCGGACGUCUUCGCUGGACGCCAUCACAGGGCCAUACCUCACUGGCCAGUGGCCUCGGGACUCCCAUGGACCCUACCCCUCCUGUAUGAAAGACAAAGCCACACAGACUCCGGGCCUCUGGAUCGACGAGGGCGUCGAGCAGGGAAGUCCACACCAGCGGUCAGCCUCCUGGGGCAGCGCAGACCACCUCAAAGAGCAGAUCGCUAAACUGAGACUGCAGCUGCAGCGCAGCAAACAAGUCAGCCGGCAGAGCAAAGACAGGGAGCAGAGCUCGCUGCAGCUGUCGCAACAGGCGCAGCAUGGCGUCCAAUGCCAACCACAGUACAAGGGAACUUCUUCAGCGUUGUCGGCGAUCCCUGUGCCAAAAUCCCUCAUAUGCAGAGUGCCGAGCAGCGUGGAGGGCAUCAACCACGAGCUAGAAAAUGUGUUUAUCAGAGAGGACUGGGAGCAGGGGAUACAGGCCAUGGACGCGGUAGACGGCCGCCGCGCCCCCUUCCCUCCGCAUCACUACAGCAACAGCGGCGACACGCGUGACACGGACACGCAGGCCCCAUCGAGCGGCGACUCCAGCCCGCUGCCCCGCCCGUGCAGCUCCGACCACCUCCACUCCCCCGAUGGAAGCCCCUGUUCUGCAGAGGAAAUAGACAAAGACAACGUGUGCAGUUCUCCUCUGCCCAAGUUCGCCACGUCUCCCAAACCCAACAACAGCUACAUGUUCAAGCGGGAACCUCCGGAGGGCUGCGAGAGGGUCAAAGUGUUUGAGGAGAUGGUGUCUGGCAAAUCAAAAGGCUUCCCUCUCUUCUCGUGUCCCGACAAAAACAAGGUGAACUUCUUCCCCAGGGGCUCCGCCUUCUGCCCCGUCAAACUCCUCUGCUCCUCCCUCUUCUCCCCCGUCUCUCCCUCGUCCUGCUCCUCCUCUGCCAACGACAGCCCAGGGCCUCAGGUGACCCCGACUCUGCCCACCGCACCACCGCCACCACUAGCUACCUAUCCAACCUCCGCCGACCGGAGCACCGACACAAGCACAGGCACAAACACAGACAGCCCGAGCCCCGACGCGGAGGCGGGGAAAGACGGCUCCGCACAAGUACUCCUCACCAGCUAGUCCUCAGUCUGCUGAUGAAGUGUUAGGAGAUCUGUGCUCUCCUCCACAGUGUGAGAAUCUAUAUUAACCAAUGGGACGACGUCUUACUACAUCAACACUGACGUCCUCAUGGGGGAUGUAACAACACAAUGUAAAAGCAAAUAUUUAUGUUUGUGUCAUCACAUCCUCGUCUGACUGUGAUACAGCGUUACCAGGGGAUUCUAUGCUAUGUUAAUAUAUUCUGUUUGGACCAUCUGCUCAAAAGGACCCAACGCUGACUUCAUUAUCCGACCUUGUAAGUUAUAAUAAACGCUGUGAAAUUAAAAUGCACCGAUGUGCGUACACAGCCACAAAGUGAUGAAGUGAUGACAAACAAAAAGGUCUAAUGCUAAUGUACCGAAACAAGAUUUCCACAGCUCUCAAUUUAGGGAUAUACAUGUUUGUUUGUUUUUUUGGCCUUUUUGAGUUUCACUUGACAUAGAAAGCCUGAAGAGCGAGAUGGGAAACGACACGUGGGAAAGAGCCACAGGCCGGACCUGAACCCUGGACCGCCGCAGCAAGGACCGAGCCCCUGAUAUACAUGUUUUUAUGUUGAUGUUGUUGUUUGUUGUAACAAAAUAUUAAAGACUGGACCAAAACAGUGUCACAGCCAACAGAGACGUGCCUGGUGAAGUUUCGGGGUCAGGGUCUUUACUGAAGUACUGUAGUAUUCCGUAGUACUCAAGUAUUUCCGUUGUAUACUACUUUAUUUCCACUGCAGCUCUUUGUUGUGUUACUCAGUAAAAACAUUGUUGCACUCUUGCCUCUGUGUAUUUCUUAAAAUAUUUCUACAUUUUGGGAAGUUUGCUCAUUUGCCUUCUUGCUGAUGAUAAUAUUGAUAUCACUAUCACAUCUGUCUGCUAAAUAUAAACAGUAUCUUAGCUUAGCAACAAGACUAGAAGCAGCAGCAACAGAUAGGACAUGUUAAUUAGUGGGUUACACUUUAUUUGAAUAGCCCACCUACAGAUAG